CCAGCAACCCCCUUGUUUCUGUUUCCUGUUCACUCACUCGUGGAUAAUACCCCAAAAAUACCUCAGUAACCUUUGUCUAGAUAUGACGAAAGUAUGUAAACGUGUAUAAUAUAACACCGACAUGUCGGACAGACACCGGGCUCUGCCGUCAUGGAUGGCGAAGAAGGAGCAGAAAGUGAAGAAGGAGCCGCUGAAGAGCCUCAGUAAACAGAAAGCUGCACGGGCUGUUUUCUACUGCAUGAACGAGAAGGAGCUGGUGGAGGCAGCUGUGUCAUAUCUUACCACCGGAGCCUGCGAGGAUGUGAGUCUCCUGACUGACCACAAGGUUGAGGACAAGGCAGCAGGCACCGUUGUGAAGAUGAAGGAGAACCCUGCCGCUUCAAAGGCGAUACCAAAGCCAGUGACUGUAGUGGAGGAGUCAUCAGAUUUCGGUGAUGACCUGGACAUGACGUAUGUUUCAGAAACAGACUUGGACAUAACAGAGGUGGAAACAUUGCCGUACACUACGAGCCCACAGACUGAGGGGCCUAAGGGUCAGAGGUCAGGGCCAGUACAGGAUGGCUGUGGUCUUGUGAAUGUUGGACUGGAGGCUGAGGAAAAAAGGGAGCGCUCACAGAUGCCAACAGAGGCAGCAGAGGACGAUUCCUUACGGCUUGUGCGAGAAAUUUUUUUCACCUGAUGAUGAACUUUGUGGAAAACUACUGAAAUGUUUGCAGUGCAUGUAAAAUACUGCCUUAAAGGGGAAUGCCACGCACGUAACAACUUCACCAAGCAGUCCAAUCAGUACGCACACAGCCCCUGGAGAAGUGACCCUUUUAUUGAUGUCACUGGGAUGUAAAUCUGCCACAGCUCCACAGACUGACCCAGAUUACUCAACAAAGUUAUGCAUUAAAAUGAGAUGUAAAUGUCAGUUUUCAAUGAAAGUAUUCCAAACCCCAUUUUGUUGAGACAGCUCUAUUAAGCAUCUUUCAGUGUGGCUUCACGAGGUCUGAGGUCAAUUCAGUGUUAAUGGAGCUGCUGAAUGUUUUAGUUUGAGUUAACAGUCUAAUGAGCUAACAUGGAUUAAUGGAAAUUCCCCUCACACAGAUAUCGUAAUAUUUAGUUUAGUUCAGCCUUGUUUAAGUGAAGACUGGAGCCAGAACUCUUUUGAUGUUGAGAUAAUUAACAGAGCGGAUCCUUUGAUAAUGAAUGUAAAGCUGACUGUAGCUGUGGUAAUGUUAUAGUACAUCACUGCAGAGUUUCUGUGGUCAGAGAGACACGCUUCAAACACUGUGCCUGCUUAUAUUUUCAUGAGCAAAGCACUGAAUACUUGACACUGAGGUUGUGCUAAUGUACAGAGCGCUGUGCUGCAGCUGCAGCUGCACCUGGGGCCUUUUUGUAUGAGUUCAGACAAACAGAUAUUUUUAUCAGUGAGGCAGCUCCAAGCUUUCUUGAUGACUGCACAGAUUAAAGGGUCACAUUGAUGUUGAACUGGAAGAUCACAGAGUAUAUUCUUGUAUUUAAAUUGUAGUUUAUGCUAAUUAGAUGUUGUUGUUUGUCCACUUCAAUAAAUGAUGAAGUAGCAGCCCUGUCAUAAACCUUUGUGUGGACUCUAACAGCUGUCAGCACUUGCUCUUCUACUUCACUACCUUUUAAAAUUGUCUUAUUGGAAAUACAAAAAAGAACAGAAGCCCUUUUUACAAAGUGCUACUCUCCUGAGCACCUAUCCACCAGCUUUGCACAUAGGUCAUAUUUCUUUUUAGUGAUAUAUUUAUUUAAACACUUGGUAAUCACCUUCACAAACCGGUCUGCCCAGAAUUCAGAAACACUGUUACAGCACGCAGCAGCUAUUACAGUGUGCUCCAGUCUAUUUACAAAAAGAAGGGCGACAGGUUCAUUAUAAAAUCUGUCUUAACACUCUUGGAUUUUGGACCCAAAGCAAAGAUUUUGCCAUCAUUUAGUGGAAAUAUAACAAUGAACAUGUAACAAAACUGUCAAAAAACAAACACUGCUUUCAUUAUACCUUCAUCAGGCACUUUAGCUUUACGAUUCAAAUUUCCCUCCUGCUAACAGAGUGAGGUUGACUUCUCAUCCGGAUCCAUCUACUCCCAGUCAGACGUUAGCCUCCUCCCCAACAGCCAGCUCAGCACAGUUGUGACAGCCAGCUCAACCUGCACACCCACACAGAUAUAGAACCCGAUGGUCGUGCGUUCCCAGCUCACAUACGACCAAUAGAAAAUCAGAAAGCCUACAAUGCCGGUCAAGAUGAGUAGGCUUGAUGCAGCCUGGCUGGCCAUGCUGAACCAGAGUGCUGCUUUGUCCUUGGCGUAGGCCGCUAACAGCAUCGCCAGCA